UUAUCGGCUCCCGUGUGCGUAAUUUUAUCCUUGUAGAUUUUAGCUUGGCAUCUGAUCCUAGCUUUUAUCAAAAUAAAAAUUCCCUCGCAGUUGAUAUUUUUAUAUUUUUAUCUUCCGCAUUGCACUUCUUCAUCACUCCACGAGUCCUCCUAAAAGCCCUCACCUCCCCAAUUUCAGGAGUUUUAGGAGUAUGGCGUUAGCGACAAGAAUGAUGAGGCUACCAACCUCAGCUGUUGGUAUUCGCACUGUCGCUCAACGAUCAUAUGCGACAUCAAAUCGCGCCCUUUUCUCGCAUGCGCGACCCAACGCCCGAGUCAACGCUGACAAGAGCAAAAUCUCUCAAAUUGCUCAACGGACCUACGCAGAUGUUGCUCCUGUCAAUGUCAAGAAGCCCAAGCGAUUUCGAUUCUUGACAUACACUUGGCGUCUUACAUAUUUGUCUUUGAUCGGAGGAGCCGCUUAUCUUGGUUAUGAGGUUUGGCAGCUUCGACAUCCAGAGGAGCAAUUUCAGCCAGACCCAACCAAGAAGAAUUUGGUCAUUCUUGGUACGCACAAUACGUGUCUCCACUUUCCAUAUGGAUAGCUGACAUCAAUGGGCUAGGUACUGGAUGGGGUGCUGUAUCUCUUUUGAAAAAGCUCGACACGGAAAACUACAAUGUUAUUGUUAUAUCUCCACGAAACUACUUCCUGUUUACCCCUCUUUUGCCAUCAUGUACAACUGGUACUGUCGAGCACAGAUCUAUCAUGGAGCCUAUUCGAAGCAUAACCAGACACAAGAAGGCUGCUGUUAAGUUUUACGAAGCCGAAGCCACAAAAAUCGACCCCGAGAAGAAAAUCAUCUCGAUUAACGACAAUUCUGAUGUUAAAGGUGCUUCCCAUACUACUGAAGUCUCAUAUGAUAUGUUGGUUGUAAGCGUUGGUGCGGAAAAUGCCACUUUUGGGAUUCCCGGUGUCAAAGAGCACUCGUGCUUCUUGAAAGAGAUUGGUGACGCACAAGCAAUCAGGAAGAGGAUCAUGGACUGUGUAGAGACUGCUACUUUCAAGGACCAAUCACCAGAGGAGGUUGAGCGUCUGCUGCACAUGGUUGUCGUUGGAGGCGGACCUACCGGUGUUGAAUUUGCUGGUGAGCUUCAAGAUUUCUUCGACCAAGAUAUCAAGAAGUGGGUUCCCGAAAUCAGCGACAAGUUUAAGGUUACUCUCAUCGAGGCUCUCCCAAAUGUUCUUCCUAUGUUCUCCAAGCAAUUGAUUGAAUACACAGAGUCAACCUUCAAGGAAGAAAAGAUUACUAUCAAGACCAAGACAGCCGUCAAGAAGGUCACCGAUAAGACAGUCGAAGCCGAGGCCACUGGGCCAGAUGGAAAGAAGUUCACUGAGGUCAUGCCUUACGGUCUCCUUGUAUGGGCCACCGGAAACGCGGUCCGCCCGGUUGUCAAGGAUCUCAUGGCACAAAUUCCUGCUCAAAAAGAUUCAAGGAGAGGUCUUGCCGUAAAUGAAUAUCUUGUUGUCCAAGGAACUAAGGACAUAUGGGCCACUGGAGAUUGCGCAGUCGCUGGAUAUGCACCAACAGCUCAAGUAGCAUCACAAGAAGGAACUUUCUUAGCUCGUUUAUUUAACACAAUGGCGAAGACCGAUACUAUCGAACAUGAAAUCCAGGAAUUAAGUUCUUCCCUGAACCUUGGCCCUGGAAACGCUGCCGAGAUUGCCAAAGAGAUCGAAGCACACGAGAAGCAAUUGAGGAGAAUCAAGGACAUCAAGCCAUUUCACUACACACAUCAAGGUUCCUUGGCAUACAUUGGUAGUGAAAGAGCCGUUGCUGAUGUCAGCUGGUUAAAUGGUAACUUUGCUACUGGUGGCAAUUUGACAUAUUUGUUCUGGAGAAGUGCAUACUUGAGCAUGUGCUUUAGCAGUAAGUUUUCCCGCCACUUACUUCCCAUCUAUUCUUACUAACAUAAAUCUCAGCACGCAACCGUGUUUUGGUGGUCCUCGACUGGCUUAAAUCUAAGACUUUCGGUCGUGACGUUUCCAGAGAAUAGAUGAUGAGAGAAGGGACAAAAAGAAAAUGGGCGGUUGGUCGGGAUAGACGGGAAUCGGGAGCGCAUGUAACAAAUAACGAGUUUUCGGGAUAGACUGGUUUGGUUUCUUCUUGAACUUUGCAAUGGUGUUUUUUAUAGAAUCUCCGGCUCAUUCAGGGAGUUGGAUGGAGCGGCAAUAGUAUAUGAUGAGAAUCGAAUGAACAUGAUCAUUUUU